UGUGUGUGAACAACAACAAACUGAGCUAGAACGAGAGAGACCGGGCCAUUACCAGCUAUUAUUGUGUGUGCAGGAGGUGAGCAGCAGCAGCAACAGCAACAGCAGCAGCAGGAGCAGGAUGGCAGAGCAGAAGGCAGAGGGGGAUGCGGUGGAGGUGGAGGAAGGAGGCAGUGUGCUGGUGAAGUUUGUCACCAAGCAGGAACAGUAUGCAGUGCCAGGGUCGUCUGUCUUGGUGAACAUAAACAGCAAUCCGGCCAAGCUCAAUGAGAUCGUCCAUGCCUUCAUUAAGCAAGUGUCAGACCCGUCGAGAGAGUUACCACGCCUUGACUUUGUGGUGGAGGGGCAGCUGCUGGUGGGGAAGCUGCGCCACAGACUGGAGGAUAGCGGGAGGAGUAUGGAGGGAGUGGUGGAGGUGGAGUAUUUAGAGAAACUUCCUCCACCCACUCCAAAAGACUCUCUCCACCACGAUGACUGGGUGUCCACGGUGCAGGCGACGGAUCAGUGGCUUCUGACAGGGUGCUACGACAACACCCUACACCUGUGGUCCGUGGAGGGACUGGCAGAGGGGCAGGGUGACCGGGCCCAUAGACUGACCAUCCCUGCACACCGAGCCCCUGUCAAGGCAGUUACUUGGAUCAACACAGAGGCUCCCCUGCUGUCCUUCAUCAGCACCUCCAUAGACCAGACAGCGGUGGUGUGGGUGUGGCGCAGUGACACCAACGCUGUGGAGUGUGUCAGCGAGUGUCACGGCCACAGCCAGAGUGUCGAGUGUGUUGCUGUGGACGAGAGGAGGGAACACUUCGCCACAGGAUCUUGGGAUAACCUGCUCAAAAUUUGGACUACUGGGAACCAGAAAGAGAGAGAGGAAGAGAAUGAAGGAGAAGAUCAAGAGAAGAAGAGGAGAAAAGCAAAGAAGCCACAGAAGAAGACCCCAAUUGUGACGUUAGCGGGACACACUGAGAGUAUUGGGGGUGUGGCAUGGACCGGGCCAGGGGAGGUGACCACAGCCUCUUGGGACCACUCGCUCCGUGUUUGGGACGCAGAAAUAGGAGGUGUCAAAACGCAGGCUGUUGGAAAUUGUGCGUUUUUCUGCCUAUCUUGGUCGCCACUUCACCACGCCUUGCUGACUGGGUGUGCCGAUCGCCAUAUUAGGCUUUAUGAUCCUAGAGAUACUGAGGGGUCGGUGGUGAAACAGAAGUUCUCGUCACACAGUAAGUGGGUUCCCAGUGUAAGGUGGAGCAACACAGCCGAGCAUCACUUUGUCUCAGGGGGAUACGACAACUUCAUCAAACUCUGGGAUGUCCGCAGCCCCCGCGCGCCUCUGUACGACUUGACAGGCCACGAGGACAAGGUGUUGGCUGUUGACUGGUCCAACCCGAAGUAUGUGGUCAGCGGAGGAGCAGACUGUACCAGCAAAGUGUUCGCCACAUGAGAGAGAGAGAGAGAGAGAGAGAAAGUGAGAGAGUGAGGAAGAGAAAGUGAGAGUGAGUAAGAGAGAGAGAGAGAGAGAGAAUGUGUGAGUGAGUAAGAGAGAGAGAGAGAGAGAGAGAGAGAGAGCUUAGUUUAAUAUUUAGUGACAAUAAGAAGUAAAAAGAAGAGGAAGAAGAGGAAGAGGAGGAGGAAGACAGACAGACAGACAGACAAGAAUUUAGAUACAGUGAGAAUGAUAAUAAUAAUAAUAAUAAUAAUAAUAAUGAAAUGAUGAUGAUGAUGAUGAUUAAUAAAAUACUGAA